AUGGCACACGUCAUUGGGGUGAUUUCUAUCACCGCGGUUUGGAAGCACGCUUGGUCAAUACCGGGAAGCGUCAUUUGGAACGUUUUGGCAGGCGCUCUCAUCUCUCCUGCACUCGCCACCAUCCUCUUUACGACCCUUACUACUAUUGGGUCAACAUGUGCGAGCUUACUUGCAACGCCGCUAGCUCCCUUCGUGACUCAAGUAUUCCCUCGCGCACUGGACAAGACCCGGUCUGCACUCGAAGGCGACUCGAGCUCCGAAGGCACGUCAAGCGGCAAACACUCGCAGGCAUGGGUGCGCCUCUCCAUCCUUAGGCUCAUAGGCGUAGUUCCGUGGGCAGGGAUUAAUAUCGCGUCCGGUGUAUGUGGCGUCGCAAUUUGGGAUUGCCUCCUGGGGUCGUUCCUCGGCUCAUUGCCGUGGACCGCCGUGACAUGCCAGAUUGGCGACAUCCUACAGACCGUCGCCUCAAACCCGUCGCCGACACACCAAAGUGUCCGGUCGCUGCUCACGUCACCAGAAAUCCUGAUGAAGCUCGCAUUCCUCUCCAUUCUCUCCCUCGCGCCUAUCCUCGGACGGAAUCGCUUACGUCAGUGGAUCUCCUCUUCCGUCUCGUCCGUGCCACCGCUUGAUGCGGACGUUCCUGAGGAGCGACUAUCGCGCUGGGCCUGGGUCAAGGACUGGCAGAACCGGAUACGCGUGCCGUCGCGCUCGCGGUCACGGAAGGAGACAUACGCGAAGGAGCUCGAGGCCCUCGUCCAGGAGAAGAACGCGAGCCUGCCAUUGUGA